GUGACGGUUGGUGGGAUGUUUUCCGUUCACCAACGCAUCGUUUCAGGCACCCGCAACACCUCCACGCUGCCAGUGUCCUCAGGAUGUGAAGGGUUCAACUUCCGCACGUUCCGCUGGACCCAGACCAUGUUGUUCGCCAUCCAGGAGAUCAACGCGAGACAAGACCUGCUCCCCAACACUGACCUGGGCUACGUCAUCUACGACUCCUGCUUCACCAUCUCCAAGGCGGUGGAAGGCACCCUCACCUACCUCACAGGCCAGGAUGUGGCCGUCCCCAACUACCGCUGUGGCUCCGGGGCCCCCCUAGCUGCUCUGGUGGGGGCCGGAGGGUCCGAUCUGUCCAUCGCCACAGCCAGGAUCCUAGGCCUCUAUCACUUCCCACAGGUCAGCUACUUCUCGUCCUGUUCGGCCCUGCAGAGUAAGUUCCAGUUCCCCACCUUCCUGCGGACCAUCCCCAACGACCAGCACCAGUCCACGGCCAUGGCCAAGCUGGUGCUGCACUUCGGCUGGACCUGGGUGGGCACCAUCGCCGCCGACGACGACUACGGCAAGUACGGCAUCAAGGAGUUCAAGGAGCAGGUGGAGGAGGCUGGGGUCUGCAUCUCCUUCUCCGAGACACUCCCCACGGUGGCCUCCCCGGAGGACAUUGCGCGCGUGGUGGACACGGUGGUGGGCUCCACGGCCAAGAUCAUCGUGGUGUUCGCCUCCGACGUGAACCUCAACCCCCUCAUCGCCGAGCUGGUCCGCAACAACGUCACCAACCGCACCUGGAUCGCCAGCGAGGCCUGGGUCACCUCCGCCCUCAUCAACCAGCCUGGGGUCAGUUCCGUGCUGGGUGGUACGCUGGGUUUUGGUGUGAGGCGCGCCGAAAUCCCUGGCCUUCAGGAAUAUCUACUGAAGCUGGACCCAUAUGACAACACUCUGACUGAAGAAUUCUGGGAAACGGCAUUUAACUGCACACUGGACUAUGCCAAGGCUAUGAGGCAGGCCAGAUUGAGCUCCGCCAAUGGGAGCCUGAGCAGGGGUGCGAGGGCGGUACCCGAGGGCCUGUGCAACGGGAAGGAGGACCUGCUGCAGCUCCACAACACGUACACGGACGUCUCGCAGCUACGCAUCACCUACAAUGUGUACAAGGCAGUGUAUGCCGUGGCCAACGCCUUACACAACUUGGAGCACUGUGUGGUUGGACAGGGGCCCUUCAACAAAAACAGCUGUGCUGACAUCAGUGCCUUUGAGCCGUGGCAGUUGAUGUACUACCUGAAGAACGUGAAUUUCACAGUGCCUCACACUGCAGAGGAGAUCUACUUUGACCAGGGGGAGGUGGCCGGAUACUAUGACAUCAUCAACUGGCAGUUCAAUGACGAUGGCGAGUUGUCCUACGUCCACGUUGGCAACUACACCGGGAAGGAUCCCUCAACCGCCAAGAUGGAGAUAUGGAACUACUCCAUUGUGUGGAACAAUGGACAAUUUGAACCCCCCAGGUCUGUGUGCAGUGAGAACUGUGCCCCAGGGACCAGGAAGGGGAUCCGGCAAGGAGAGCCCGUCUGCUGCUUCGACUGCAUCCCCUGCGCCGACGGAGAGAUCAGCAACAUCACCAAUGCCCGUGAAUGUAUCCAGUGUGGCGAGGACUACUGGUCCAACGAGGUCCGUGACCUCUGCAUCCCCAAGAUCAUCGAGUUCCUGGCUUUCGGGGAACCGCUGGGCAUCACCCUGAUCGUCAUCUCUGCCUUCGGGGCCCUUAUCACCAUCGGUGUGAUGGUAGUGUUCCUCCUCAACCUGGGCACCCCGCUGGUGAAGGCCAACGACCCCCUGCUGAGCUUCAGCCUGCUGUUCUCCCUGGUGGUCACCUUCCUCUGCUCCAUCGUCUACCUUGGGGAGCCCGCGCCCUGGAGCUGCAUGACCAGCCAGGUGGCCCUGGCCCUGGGCUUCGCUCUCUGCCUGGCCUCCCUCAUGGGGAAGUCUGUGGUGCUGAUGCUCCGGGCGCGGUUCCUCAAGGCGAUCCGCGAGAGGGCCAAAGCCGCCGCCAAGGCUGCCAAGGCCGCAGCUGAGGCCGCAGCCAAUAGCGACAGUCCUGAUGUCAUCGCUACCAACGCAACCACCCCCGCCCCCACUGAAGUCCCCGCCCCUAGCGGCCCAGAAGUGGACGUCCUCACGUUUGGCCACCAGAGGCUGAUGGCUGCCGUGGCAACCCUGAUACAGGCGGCGGCGUGCACGGUCUGGCUGAUCAUCCUGCCCCCCCACCCGGUGAAGAACACGGCGGCCCAGAACGUGAAGAUCAUCCUGGAGUGUGACGUGGGCUCGAUAGUGUUCAUCUGCUGCAUCUUUGGCUACGACAUGCUUCUGGCACUGGUGGCCUUCAUCUUCGCCUUCAUGGCUCGCAAGUUGGAGGAUCACUUCAGCGAGGCCAAGUGCGUGACCUUCGGCAUGCUGGUGUUCUUCAUCGUGUGGAUCUCCUUCAUACCGGCGUACCUCAGCACACGCGGCAAGUUCAUGGUGGCCGUUCAGAUCUUCGCCAUCCUGGCCUCGAGCUUCGGCCUGCUGGCCUGCAUCUUCCUGCCAAAGUGCUACGUCCUGCUUGUCAAACCGGAGAGCAACACGGAGGAGCUGAUGAAGCCUCGCCCUAAACCCCGCGAAGGGUCCACCGGCACCUCUGCGUCCCUGGCAUCGUCCGGCACAAGCCUCAACGCCACCACCGCCUCCACUGUCAUCGAUUGAUUAGCCCAAUGUCUA